UCCACGACACGGUGAACAGCAGCGCAGAAACAGUAGCUAUGUCAGAUGAGAUGAGUUCCCCUCUGCUCCUGGGUGCAGAAGUUCCUGAUGAUCCUCCAGCCAUGGCUCGUGGCCAACAAACCGUGGCCAUACUGGGUUCCGGCGACUUCUCGCGCUCUCUAGCCGUGCGGCUAGUGGCGUGUGGGGUCAGCGUGGUGGUGGGAAGCCGAUGUGUGAAGCGCAUAGCCCCAGGGCUCUUUCCUGAUGCAGUGGAGCUCAGCAGCCAGGAGGGGGCGGUAGUGAAGGCCCAGCGCCUGGUCGUCUUGGCACUGUUCCCGGAACACUACCCCUCUCUACUGGGCAUCAGGGCUGCUCUGGCUGGGAAGGUUCUCGUGGACGUGAGUAAUGCCAUGGAGUUGGGCAGUGGUGUGUCGUCCAAUGCGGAGCAGCUGGCUGAGCUGUUCCCUGAGAGCGUGGUGGUGAAGGGAUUUAAUGUGAUCUCUGCCUGGACACUGCAGACUGGUACACAGGAUGGUAGCAGGCAGGUGUUGCUAUGCAGCGACAGCGUGGAGGGCAAAAGUGAAGUGGCCCAGCUCGCCCGGCUCAUGGGCUUCCACCCGGUGGACUCAGGUGACCUGCGGCAGUCUCGCGUCCUCGAGACCAUGCCCCUCCGCCUCUUCCCAUCGUGGCGCGGACCCCUCCUUGCCACAUUUCUCCUCUUCCUCUUCUUCUACGCCUACGGCUUCCUCCGUGACCUUCUGCUGCCGUACCUAGCCCACGGACGCGACGGCUUCCACCGGCUUGCCCUGGCCCUGCCGAACGAGAGCCUGCCGAACGUGGCGCUAGUGGCCCUGGCGCUGGUCUACCUGCCGGGGCUGCUGGCAGCGUGGCUGCAGCUGUGGAGGGGCACCAAGUACCAGCGCUUCCCCCGCUGGCUGGAUGGCUGGUUGCUGCGGAGGAAGCAGUUGGGGCUGCUGGGUUUCCUGUGUGCUGCUCUGCACGCCGUCUACAGCCUGUGCCUUCCUCUGCGCACAGCCACACGCCACAGGCUCAUCAAUGCCGCUUACUCACAGGUAAAGGCAGGUGUGGAGGAGCCAUGGGAUGAGUCAGGUGUGUGGCGCUCUGACCUCUACCUAUCGUGUGGAGUGUUGGCUCUGGGCAUCCUCUCCCUGUUGGCCAUCACAUCUCUUCCCACUGUGGGCAAUGUCCUUACCUGGAGAGAGUUCACCUUUGUUCAGUCAGGACUGGGCUACACUGCCUUGACGUUGUCCGUCACGCACACGCUUGUGUUUGGUUGGGACUUUGCCUUCUCCCCCCAGGCGUAUGAAUUCUACAUGCCGCCCAGCUACGUCCUAGCCGUGGCUGCGCCAUGCGCCGUGCUGGUGUGCCGCUGCAUCCUGCUCCUGCCCUGUACGUCUACCAGGCUGGCGCGCAUACGCCGGGGCUGGGAGAGUGUGCGCAAAUGUCCUGUCUCACAGCGCCAGCAAAGAGCGGUUCACAGGACACUUCCACAGGUGUAAGAGGACAGUCAGGAACCGAGGAAGCAGAAAUGGCUUAUCAAGAAAUCAUUACAUAUGCAGGUUUAUAUGGCAUUCACCAACUGGCAAUGCUCCUCAUAUUUACAAGGAUGUGUCUGUCAUUGAAGGGCUACAGAGAUGUGUUGCUCUUUUUUAUCAUCUCCAUACUGAAAGCAAGCAACUGCUUUUCUCAAGUACUCAGUGGUUGGAAUAGGAACUGGCAGAUUCCAGCCCUGAUCAUCUGUAGUUCGCUUCAUAUUAUUGGCAGUAGUCAUAUACUAUUUUCUGUUAUGAUGUGUCCACCGAGGUGUUCUUGGUGCAUAGAAAUAUAAUAUAUGCAUGUAAUAUAAAUAUAACAAUGUGAUUUUUAUUGUAUUUCAUUGUUAUAUAAAUAUAACAAUGCUGUUAAACAAUUUUCUACACUUGUUAAAGGCAACAACUUAACCUUUUCAUGGGAAAUUCUUAAUUGUACUGUAGGGCUUGGGAAGGUGUCUAUACCCUUGGCCUUAACAGUCAGUUUCAAGCAAGAUAAAACCUCAUUAGAUGCUGGACUGUAAUGUGAGGUCCUGACCUGUAAGGUCAAUGGAGGUGUUUUGUUAUUUUAAUAUUCUGCCAGUGUGUUACUGGCAGAAUAUUCAUGAGUCCUUGUCCUCUCUAUGACUCCUGCUGCAAAAACCUGAUCUUCAUUACACUGUGUUACACACAUGACAUAAGCUGCUGCUUUCUGAACGAUGGUGCUUAGCUCACACACAAAAUGCCAAUACUCUGUAUGCCCAUUAUAUAUAUU